UCUGUCGUUCUCUCCGUGCAGACAAUGAGAUGUUAAGCAGAAUUGAAAGGCAACAGCAUCCAAGGCAGAGGGCGUCGGAGACGAGAAGAUGCGGGUCGCCAAUAGCAACAACCAUCUCUGAAAAAAAAGGAAAGGAAAAAAAAAACAUGGAUGAUACGUUAUGGAAGGCAGCCUGAAUAUAGGGAUGUAGCAUACAGGAUGACACCGCCUUGCAGCUGUCGUUUUCUCGCCUUUCUUUUGUGUUUCUACGUGCGGGGAAUAUCCAGUAAAUCCAUCGCCGAACAUGGACCACUGGAGGUGCAGGUCAGAGUUCAAGUGUUUGACAGCAGUGACCUCUCGCCCAUGUCGCACGCACUGGUCGAGGUGCACGGCAACCAGAGCGUCCUGGCUUCCAGCGAGGCAGGAAGUGAUGGCAUGCUCGUGGUCAACUUCCUUUACCGGCCGGGCACCCUGGUGAUCAUUUCGGCUUCCAAACGGGAUUACAUCACCAACUCCGUACCCUGGCACGCCAAACGCAUCCCCUUGUAUGCAUCUGUCAGUCUGUACCUGCUUGCUGAGAGGCCAGGCACCCUAAUCCUCUACGAUGACAUCAUCCAGGUGUUUCGUGGAUCCCCAGGGGUGCGGAACCAGCCUCGUCUUCAGCUCCAGAGGCGCUCCGUGCCGCUGAACUCCUCCUACGCGGAAGUGUCGGCCGUCCUGACCACCACCAUGGCCCACGAUGAGCUGGCCAGCUUCCCCUACCUGCUGGGGCUGGAGCUCAACAGCACAGGAGGGGAGAGAGGCUGGGUGGAGCUGACGGCUGUUGCAGCAGUAAGUGCCCAGCUGUUUGAGCGUGAGGGCCGCCCCAUCCCUGUGAGUGAGCCGUUCCACGUGUCCGUGCCCCUCCCCUCAGACUCACGGCUCCACAGCCCCACCAGCAUACCUGUGUGGACCUACCAGAGCAAGACAGGUCUCUGGGUGAGGAAUGGCACGGGCUACAUUAAGAGAGAGGGCACCCAGCUCACCUGUCUCUGGGUGAGGAAUGGCACGGGCUACAUUAAGAGAGAGGGCACCCAGCUCACCUGGGAGUUCAUGGCCUCUCAGCUGGGAUACUGGGUGGCAGCUUUCCCCUCUACUGCAGGUGCAGGACUGGGCCACCCGGGGCUGAGGGACAUCACGGCCUACCACACCCUCUUUCUGCUCGCCAUCCUGGCCUCGCUGGCCCUGCUGGUGCUGGUGCUGCUCUGUGUGCUCCUCUACUACUGCAGGAGGCGUUGUCUGAAACCACGGCGACAGCAAGGGAAGCUCCAGAGUUCUGCAGCUCUGAAUGGCACGAGGCGAGACCAGGGCACGUCGAUGUCCCGCCUCAAUCUUAUCUGCGGUGGGCACGCCGAACCGGGCACGUCCAACAGCGAUCAGGACGCCAUCAGGUCCGAGGCCUCGCCCUCCAGAGACCACAAGAGCGCCCGCGACGAGUUCACCAAGCACGUGCCCGCGCACAAGCUCCGCCACUCAAAGAGCAAGGGCUCCAAGGGGGGGCCGAAGGGCGAGAGCUUCCCCAUGAAGGUGCACCGCGCCACGGAGACCAGCGCACAGGAGUACGGACGCACUUACGGCCCGGCGGAAGACAAAGACGGCGAUUAUCACCGCAGAAACGUUGCUAACGACAACCGAGGGUACACCUCUGAUCCGCCCUCGUCGCCACCCGACAAGCCUCCCGAAUAUUCCCAGGUGUCCCAGGCAGCGGACCACCUCGCCCGACCCACGUCCCUGAACACCCAGCCGGGUCAGAUCAUCUUCUGCAGCUCCCUGGACCAGAUGAAGGAGAACAUUUACCGCAGUAUGGUGCCAACGCUGGUCAUCCCGGCCCACUACAUGCGCCUGUCCUCUGAAUUCGGCACAGGAGACCAGGGCAAAGAUGGCCAGCCCCAGUCGGAGAGGGACAAGGAUGGCCAAGGAGGAGCCAUGGGUGGGAACCACCUGGGCUCACAGGGGCAGGGCUCCCAGCAGCAAGGGCAGCAGGACGGCUCGUCCCCGGACGACUCGGAGAGCAGCGGCUGGGCGUCUCAGGGCCCCGGGGGCUCGGUGCACAUCCCGGUGCUGUUCAACGACUCGACCAUGGCGCAGAUGAACGGCGAGCUGCAGGCGCUGACGGAAAAGAAGUUUCUGGAGCUCGGCGUGAAGCAGCACCCGCGCGCCUGGUUCAUCUCCAUGGAUGGCCGCGCCAACGCACAUGUUCGCCACUCGUACAUCGACGUCAGCGCCGACCCCAGCCACCCCAUGAUGCACACCUCCUCGCACUCGACCCCGACCACGCUCUCCACGUCUACCCACAACACCCAUGCCAGCAGCAGCAGCAAGGACUGCAGCCCUGACACCCUCUCCCAGGAGAGCCAGGACCGCAAGCCCUCCUCCUCCGGCCAACGCAAGAGCAGGGAGAGCGGGAAGGACGAGCGCUCCGGCACGGGCCGUAAGGGUCAUGGAAGCGCCAGCAGCGGCGGGGUCAAGCCCUACUCCAAACUGGCCUAUCAGGACGCGCUGGAGCUGAGCGGGGGAGUGGCCAGGAUGGGGGCCAGCUCGCCCCUGGAGAACCCACUGACCCCACUUCUGGACGAGGGCCCCGAGGAGCUCCGAGGGUCACCCCCUAGCCGGAAAGGUCGCAGCCGCGGCAACAGCUCACGCAGCAGCAACAGUGAGUCACGGCGCGAUUCGGUGACGAGUCCGGAUGAUGACUCGGAAGACAAGGACGGGAACAAGAGGAGUCCCUGGCAACGGCACGAGGAGAGGCCACUCAUGGUGUUCCAUCCCAAGAAAUAAAUGGAAACAAAGGUCAAUCUGGGGGUCACACAGGUUCACUUUUAGCAUUUAAUCCUCUCUUUUUUGGGAUGAGACCAGGCCGCAAAGAGAAACUGGACUUUGAAACAAGUUCUGAAAUAAGUCUUGGGGUGUUAAAUUCGGAAGUCAACACAAGCACAACUAAUCCAGUAGCCAAUUGUAAGGUCGAAAACGAUUCAGGAAACGUUCACAAUCAGCCAUAAAGUUUUUGGAAAAGUCACAACCACGACCACAUCUCUCCCUUGUUCCCGAUGCAGGGUAUUCCUACUGUUCCCUCUUUGAUGUUAACUUGCACCAGACCGAAGCACAAACCUGUCAUCCUCCCAUCAGGAAACACAAAACCCUUAGGCUACCUUGUUUCAGUUUUCCAGUGUCUUUUGCAGUUUUAAUCAGCGGUGACAAAAUGUGGCCAUACGUGAUGACCUUCACAGACAAGUAGUGAAAAAGCCAGAGGAUUUGGAUGUUGUGGAGAAGACUAGAGAAGGCUUUUCAGUUUUUUUGAAGAUCCACAUUUGACCAACGGCAGUGAAAUGCAGUAUAAUAUAUAGCUAUCCCCCAAAAACCUCUUAGUGUACUCUCACAUGACUCCACUCCACUCCAGCGCGUAUACACAGCAUCCCACCCCAACAUGUCCAAAUAGUUUUGUCUCUGUGUAACUAAAUGCAUCCCAAUUCUUUCACAAUUGUGUCAUUUUGGGGCACACCUUUAUCGCCAUAUAGGUUUCUGUAUUUGUUGAGAAUUAUAUUUGAAUUGUCUUUGACAGAAUUCAAAAAUUCAAGAAUUGAUUCCUUAAAUUUUGUGACUCUCUGUGAGGUUAUGUUAGCCACUUUCCUGUUUGAAAUGUAGCUCACUGCUGAACUAGUGUUAUAUGACUGUAGAUGUGCAGUCUACUGACGGAUCAUGGAUAGAAGCAUGAUGGAGUGUUAAGCGCUCCUGUGACGAUUUCUGAAGGAGGUUCCCAUGGAGACCCAGUUAGAUCUGUUGAGCAGAUCUGGCCUCAAUCUGAGCCAAAUCUGGUCCAGGGUCAGUUGCUAUUGGGGAUGUUCUACAGGUGCAGUUUGUAGUUUUUGUUGUUAAAUAUAAAAAUAGAUAAAUAAGACCUGCUACUACACCAAUGUAAUGUUGAGGGAAUUAUUCAAAAGAGAGAGUGUAGCCGUGUCCUUGAGCAUUUUAGGCAUUAUGGCUGUCUUGCUCAGGUGAUUUGUUGCAUUUGUUUACAUUUUCAAGCCCUGAUAAAGGUAAACAAAUGUAUUGCAAUCACAUGUAACGGGAACAUUACCCUUUUACUGUUUUGUCAAAAUAACACCAUUAUUGGCAUUUUUUGACAACACAAACUGCAAACACCACCUUUAAAAGUUAUUGUACUCUAAUGUAUCUCUCAUAUUGGCAGCCGACUGUGACAUGUCUUCAUCAGAUCAGAGCAUUUAUCCCAAGCCUCUUUAUCAGUGAUUGGCUGCAUGGGGAUGCACUUCCAUUGGCCCCACAGUAAAAAGAUGAAUGUAUAAAGCGAAAACGAAUCCAAACAAAACCCGCCUGGCCGCAGUUCUCUCUGCAAGUGCCUUGAUCUUACACAGGCUGGAGGGGGGGUGGCUGAGCCGCGUCUCUGGUGAGGUCAAACACCUUCUGCACUUAAGACACGCAUUUACCAGACAGGAUGCGUCAUGGCUGUCGUCACAGGGAGACUUUAGCACACUGGCUAUGUGUGACUGUGGAAGGGAAAGAACACGUGAAGUAAUACUUUAUAUUAGACAUAGGCCUCGCUAUGUUCUAUCUGUACCACUGAGUGCAGCGUAACACACUGACAGAAAGUAUACAAAGUAUCAGUGUAGUGUUACUCUUUACAACUCAAUUUGUUACACUGUACUUAAGAGUCUAGUUACAUCGUGACAAGGCAUAUGCAAUUUAAGGUACGCCGUUGGCUUCAUGCCGUGUUGUAGCUUUUGGUCAAAAACUGUCCUAAUGGGUAGCAACCUAGGAUAGGUAGCUGAUGUGAUAGCCGUGGGAUGGAUUUGGUGGAUCCGGGACAGAGGUUCAGAGGUACCUGUGAAGUUUGGGCUCAGAGCCCUUUGACCUUUGACCCUCCUUCACGCCACUUAGCCAGUGUGAGUCUCAUCAUUGAAUACGGUGGAAAAAAACGUGAAUUGGUAUGAACACACUUGCUGUUCUGGGAUUCUGUGUAUAUGUACCAUAGAUUAUAUGUGCAUGAUAUACUGUGCGUAGAGUAGGAUUUGAUCAUUCUGCAUUAUGUGGUGGAAACAUUGCAUGUUGGUGGAGACCACAAUCACAUCACCUGCGUCGAAUUCAGACGCCCAAGUACUGAAAUGUUCCCAAGUCAAGAUGCCAAGUUUAAGAGGAGGAGCACUUCUGAAGCCUUCAUUUUCUUUCCCUCCCUCUCGCUCUCACUUCAAGGACAACUUAUUCAGACAUUUUUAAUCAGACUUUGGGUUUCUGAAGAGUAACGUUGAUAUCCAUCACUGCCGAUCGCGUUUUAGUACUGUGAACUCCAUGUGGAUCGUUUCCGGAUGUUUACUGUUGUUUUUUAAUCUGCAGUUUUCUUCGGGUUGUUUUUCUACUCUCCUCUCUUUCUCUAUCCUUUUCUUCUGUCCUUCAUCUGUUGGUGCUGAACCAGCUGGGCUGUUGUGAACACGCCCUUUGAUAAUCAUCUUAAAUGCAAUAUGAUGUCACCCAAACCGAUCGAAUUUGAUCAGCUUCACCGGGGACGCUUGCAUGGGUUAUGUUCAGGGUGAGGGGAGCUGGCUAAAACAUCACCUGUCAUUUCCGCUGCAGGAGGCUUGCAUGGGUUAUGUUCAGGGUGAGGGGAGCUGGCUAAAACAUCACCUGUCAUUUCUGUGCAGGAGGCUUGCAUGGGUUAUGUUCAGGGUGAGGGGAGCUGGCUAAAACAUCACCUGUCGUUUCUGUGCAGGAGGUAGCAUGGGCAGUGGGCUCCAGAGGCAGCGGAGAUCUUACAUCCAGAGGAAGGUGAUGCACUGGGUGCUGGGUUCUGCUCAAGGUUCCUUAAAAGGAAGUUUACCCUUGCCAUGGUGGCCUGUAUGCUUGCCUAGGGCAAGGCUUUGGGCUCUGUAAAGCGCCUUGAAACCAUGUCAGUUGUUAAUGGCGGUAUGUAAAUGAAUAACAUUGAAUUGAAUUGAAUUGCAUUGGAUUGCAUUGGAUUGCAUUGGAUUGCAUUGCUGUAUGUGGUCUAAACCACAACAGUGUCACCAUACCUACCAGGGAUGGACAUACAGAGAGCAAGGGAUUGUGGGAGCUCCCAGUCGAAUGGACACCUAGGCCUGGGUCAAGUAGCCCUGCACUGGAAUGCACCCAUGGUUCUUAAAGCUGGAUGGUGCUGUAACAUCAGCUUUCACCAUGAUUAUGAUGAUGGUCAUGGUUAAAACCCUGCUCCCCAACUGAACAGAUCUGCAUUGCUGGCAGUGUGCUGUAAAAAAUAAAACGAUUCUGUCGUUCCUAAAACCAGACUGUCUAGAAAGAGAUUGUUAAGACAAAACAACAACACGAUUCUAUGAUCUGACCCUACAGCUUAACUUACAGGGUCAUUUUACAUCAGAGCCUACCUUGACAUCUGAAUCAAAUGAACCCUCAUUACUAAUAAUAAACUGUUAUGUUGCAGUCAGAUCACUCUAAAUUCGACGCACUCUCUCUCUCUCACACACACAGACACACACACACACACACACACACACUACAGGGGACUUUAAACCUCAACGCAGGCUUCCCACGAGGCAAACUUCAAGUGUGAACCUUUAAGGGUUCAUCUUAGACCUCAAAAGAGGCAGCCCACGAGGCAAUACAGGAUUCAUGGAGUUGGUUUGAUUUGACUCCCGCCAACUCUAAAAUGACUAGCCAAUGAAAUCACCUUUAUUGUUCUCCCGAUGAUUGACAGCUCCCCGCGUGUCCUAGUCCUAUGGUGUACCUUGUUAAACUAUGUGAUGUGGUUGCAGGUGGCCUGGACACAUUGUUUCCCAGUAUGUAAGUAGUUUUAUUUGGUUGGAUGGCAUUUUCAUACUCUGUUGCUGUGGCUAUUGUUUGCCAAAAAAAUAUCAGGACAAAAAAUAAGCCAUUUCACUUGAUGACUGGUUGGCUUACAGCAAUGGGAUUUUAUUGAAAUUUUAUGUGAGAAAAAAUUGUUCAUUGAUAAGCAUUCAGUGAAAACUAUAGCCUAGUUGUUUGAAAAAAAAUAUGAUAUAACUUACGCCAUUUGAUUCUGUACAUUCAUAAAAAAUAAAGCAAAUUUGUUUACAUUUA